CAUACAUUCAUCUGCUUGCGACAUGGCCGAUUCAGUUGAUAACGAGAAACUGAGCAUGCGCCAAAUGCUGCCUGUUUUUGCUGGUGCUUCUGAAAGAGCGGAACUGCAUUGCAUUGGCUACAAUGUAUAUCGCGACGCACAGCUGGGAAGGUUAAUAUACAAUUAUAAUAUCAGUUGGUCUGACUCAACGGAAGAAAGCUAUAUUGUGUGGGAUCAUAUUGUUCAAAAGCUGAUAAGAUCUAAUAGAGUUGCGAUUAAAGUGCCGAUACAAUGUGAUGGUCCAUGCGGUCGACUCACCGAUGAUUAUGUUCAGUUUGGGCUAUGUGAACAUACAGUUUGUCGUGAUUGUUACGAAAAUGCCCAAAGUGCUGAUCACGAAGGUUUACACGGCUGCUGUAAUUCUGAAUGCUUGAAAUUGUGGAAGAUAGAAGAACGUCGAAGAAAAAAAAAAGCAAGAAAGGAGGAGAAAAUUAGAGCUCAGAGAGUGAGAAGUGAUAUAUCCUAUUGCAUGAAAUACGACGAUAAAAGCUUCGAACACUUGAUGGAACGAUUGCGCAAAUCACAAAAAUCCCCUGGUGUCUCUACAAGAACUGAAAAUAUUACCUCCUCCCAUGAUACGAUGUAUUCGCAGGGAUAAGCAUAGUUUGACAGCAUAUGUCCUACUAUCUCGUUCAUAGUUAAUUUUGAGACAAAUAAUCGUGAAGCACCUGAAUUGCUAUUCUUUAACAUCGCUUUCUUCACUCAGCUAUGUACCAUGCUCUAUAAAACAACUAUUUGAUUUGGCUAAAAUAGAUGAGAA